UAUAAAUUUCAUCAGGGAGCGGUGAGUGUUAUAACUGUAUUAGUUUGAUUUGGAGACGUUUGGUUUCAGUGAACAGGGGAAGAAAGCGGAGCGAGGAUGGCGACCCCAGGCUCCGGUGACUCGUCUUCGAACCCGAGGCCUGCGGCUGGAGGUCGGGGAGCGAUGGUGAACCUCAGGGCGCCCGGCCGUCUGCCCGUCAUGCGCUCCAGAGACCUCACGCUGGGAGGCGUGAAGAAGAAAACUUUCACGCCGAACAUCAUCGGACGAAAGAGUAAAGAAGAACUGAAGAUGAACGAGGGACCCAGGAGAGAGAGGAAGGAUGCGGAACGUGGGCGACAGCGAGACGGGCGGGGCAGGGGGCGGGGCCGGCCAGAAGUCAUCCAAUCCCACUCCAUCUUUGAGCAGGGACCUGCAGAGAUGAUGGCCAAGAGGAAAGGUGUGUAUGAUGACGCACGGGACACGCCCAACAGCGCCCCCUGCCCCAUCAUCAACAUUAAGAAGGAGAAGAGAGAGACCGAUGAGGAGACCAAAGAGAUCCUGCGCAAGCUGGACAGAGACGAUUUUGUGGACGACCCACAGCUGAUGAACGAAGCGCGCUGCUGUCCCGUGCAGCUUCCUCUGGCCGUGUCCGGCUGGGUGUUUAAAGAAGAGUUUGAGGAAGACACUAAAAUCAGAGGAGUCAAAGUCGAGAAGUGUGCAGAGGAUGAAAAGAUGAACAUGGAGAGCUCAGACACUGCUGUCUCGGUCAAACAGGAGCCUCCUGAUAUCCCUGUGAUGAAAAAGAUGGAGCCUAUGUUUAAACCGCCACCCCUUCCUGUACCAGACUCUCUACCUGACCUGCUCCAGGCAUGGAGUCACUGCAAAGAGGAGGAGCUUCUGUUCAUGCAGCUCCCUGAUUCGCUGCCGGGACAACCGCCAACGAGUGACACCCGGCCCACUAAAUCCACCGUGCAGUCUGAGGACGGACAGAAUGUACUCCAGAAGGCUGAAGGACAGCAGCAGGAGGAGGCUGACGAGGAGAACAGCUGUCAUUUGAAGGAUCUACAGGAGGGUCUGGUGGGCCGCUUAUUGGUGAGGAAGUCAGGACGAGUGCAGCUCGUGUUGGGGAACAUCAUACUGGACAUGGCUCUGGGGACGUCCUGCUCCUUCCUCCAGGAGUUGGUGUCGGUGAAUACGGAGGGCAGGAGAGGAGACAUGACUGUACUCGGCCACGUUAAGCACAAACUCGUCUGUUCGCCCGACUUCGAUGCUCUCCUUCAGAACAGAGCUUGAGUGUGUUUGUCUAUCUGCAUCAUCUCUCCUUCAGUUUACAAACUUGUACACAACUGGUAGGAUUUUGAAACUACCUGUAUAAUCUAUAUAUACUGUACAUAAAAUAAUUUAAAUAGAAAA